AUGAAGAAGUCAACCGCGAACGACAAGGAAAAUGAUAACGAGGAUGAUUACUCGGCGUCAGUUUGCGCGAUAAUGCAACAGCGAAAUUCAACACGACGGCAAAGUCGUCGGAAGCGACGCCCGUCAUCGCCGUUCGGCGUCGACAACGCCGACAGCGUCGCACGCCGUCGAUCCUCGGUUUACACCACGAGCUCGGGAGACACAAUAAUUACGAUGGAAGAAAGCAGUAAUCAGGAGCAGAUCUUCGAGAAUCUCAGUGUGCACAAAGAAGUUCUAUGUGGCAUAAAGCAGCAGCCUUGGCCUCUCCGACGAAAAAUCAAGCUUGUACGACAAGCUAAAGCUUACAUCAGUCGACACGAAGGCGCUCUGCAGGAAAGACUCGCUCAAAGUCGCAGCACUAAAGACAUUAUAGCACGCAUAUCGCUUUUCAUGACUAAGAAAUGGCAAUAUUUUCGACGUGAGCUGGUCAAUCUGCAAACAUGGCUCAUACCUUGGGAGGUCCGUAUCAUGGAAAUAGAAUCCCAUUUCGGUUCCGCCGUUGCAUCCUACUUUAUUUUUCUCCGUUGGCUCUUCUGGAUCAACCUCGUCAUCGCAGCAACUCUUACAGCGUUCGUUGCGAUACCUGAAGUGUUGACCGCAAACGCGACUCUUGCCGGUGAGAGAAAGAUCAUGCCGAAAGAAGAGACUAUCAAGUCGAAGGAUCUGUUGACUUUAUGGGAAUUUGAGGGUGUGCUAAAAUAUUCCCCAUUUUUCUACGGAUGGUACACCAAUCAAGACUCCAGCAGCAAUUACAGAUUACCAUUAGCGUACUUCGUCACCAAUCUGGUUGUCUACACAUACAGCUUCGUCGCAAUUCUGCGCAAAAUGGCGAAGAACUCGCGUUUGAGUAAACUGACCGAAAAGGAAGACGAAUAUGUCUUUUCGUGGAAACUUUUCACGGGAUGGGACUUUAUGAUCGGUAACCCAGAAACCGCGCACAAUCGUACAGCCAGCAUCGUGGUUGGCUUCAAAGAGGCCUUAGUGGAAGAAGCGGAAAAGCAAAAGGACAAGAGAAAUUGGAGAAUCAUUUCGAUGAGAAUAUUUGUGAACGUGGCAGUGCUGUCGUUACUCGCACUGUCGGCAUACGCUGUGAUCAAGGUGGUCGAAUGGAGCAUCGAGGAGUCGCAAAACUGGUGGCAACAGAGCGAAAUCACGAUUGUGAUGUCUCUGAUCACAUAUCUCUUCCCGAUACUCUUCGAGAUCCUCGGCUUUCUUGAAAGUUAUCACCCCAGGAAACAGCUCCGAAUACAACUAGCGCGAAUAAUGGUCUUAAAUUUGCUGAAUCUUUACUCGCUAAUAUUCGCACUAUUCCGUAAGAUAAGCCCUAUGGUAAGUAAUUUGUUAAAAUAUGGCAAUUUGAAACCGAUAAAGAAAUGCACAUAUAAAUUAGUACCGUGUGACGUCAUACUGAACGAGUUGACGCGUACGCAACGAAUCGCAACGUUAGCAUCUUUAAGCCUUGCUUUAAUAAGCAAUAUGACCCAUUCUCGUGUUAAAAAGGAAAUAUCGGAGUCAACGCUACCAUCCAUCAGGCAAGAGAUUUUCUUUCUUAAUCCUUUGCUGGACAAUGAUACUUUAUACAAGGACUUCAAUGAUACAUACGAUUAUAAAGAUUAUCCGGAUUACGAUAAUUAUUAUCGGCCUUCAGAUACGGAUAGUAGGGACGAUUCUUCUACUAUAUCUUAUUAUGAGGAUCAAUAUACCGAGAGUAUGGAUGAUAACGAAAUACAUUAUGACGCAAGCUCGACAGUAAUUUCCAAUUUUCUGACUGAUUCAACAAUUGCUGAACAUUUCUAUACAAGUUCUACUUUAUCUCAAAGCGAAACUACAGCAUCAACGACACUCGAAUCAAACAUAAUGGAAGGAACAAUAACUACUCCGCCAACUUCAGACAGCAAGACGUCAUCUGUCGGAAAAUUUAACGUUACAUCUACAAUAGCAGACACUACAACAAUUGCAACGCAUGUUCCGGAAAGUAACUUUUCUACUUUGCAAUCGAGUAAUGUGAGUCUCUCCCCAAAAAGAAAUGAUACAGACAAAUGCUAUGAAAGGAUUUGCACUACUAUACUAACAAAGAAUUUAGACAUGCCAUUAGAACAGCUGAGUCUGAAAACAUGCAGAAAGCGUCGCUGUUGGGAAACUAUGUUCGGGCAAGAACUUGCCAAACUCACUGUCAUGGAUUUGAUACUCACUAUAUUAGCCACUCUCUUCAUGGAUUUCUUCCGCUCUGUUUUCGUGCGUUUUAUGAACAACUGCUGGUGCUGGGAUUUAGAGAAACAAUUUCCGCAAUACGGUGAUUUCAAAAUAGCUGAAAAUAUUCUGCAUUUAGUCAACAAUCAAGGCAUGGUUUGGAUGGGGAUGUUCUUUAGUCCUGGUUUAACGGCACUGAAUCUCUUCAAGCUUGGUAUUCUAAUGUAUUUACGUUCCUGGGCGGUUUUGACGUGCAACGUACCCCACGAAAUAGUUUUCAAAGCAUCCAGGUCUAACAAUUUCUACUUUGCGCUGUUAUUGACUAUGCUAUUUUUGUGCGUGUUACCGGUCGGUUACGCUAUAGUUUGGGUCCAACCUUCGCGGUAUUGCGGUCCAUUUUCUGGUUAUCCAAAGAUUUACAACGUAGCGACAAAAAGUUUGAUAAACUCGCUUCCAAAAACAAUUCAACAAAUUCUGGAUUACAUUGCAUCGCCUGGUACGGUAAUACCAUUAAUUGUCUUCAUGACGUUGAUUAUUUAUUACAUGGCGUCUCUCGCUGGAUCUUUGCGAGAAGCGAAUAACGAUCUAAAGAUGCAACUACGACACGAGCGUACAGAAGAACGUCGAAAGUUGUUCAAAAUAGCAGAGAAGAGGCAUACCGUAGCCGAGACUCCGCUAUCGAGGUGGAAAAAAAUUCUUCCGGCGUUGCCGCAGGUCAGAAUGUCUCAAAAUUCCGAAACAGUUGAAAAAGAUAAUGUAGAGAUCACAAUUGGGAAUGUGAAUACAAUGGCAGAUGCUGUUGAAAAUAAACACUUGACAAACGAUACCGAAGAGCAUUCGCUUCAGAAUCAAGUAUUAUCCAAUUAUGACAACGAGCAACAAGUUGAAAGACAGGAUGGUUUGAUAUUAAACGAUACAUCUUCUAACGGAAGAUUGACAAGCGUGGUCGGAUGUUCUUGGGAAUCGCCAUCGAGUAAGCAAAGUGUUACCAUACCGGAAAUCCAAGACAAUGAAGAAAAAGUCGUAUCCGACGUUUUCGGAAGCAUCGAAUCGGAUGAUGUAUUCGAAAACGGCAAUCAAGAGAUAACGUAA